CUGCCCGCUCUGUCCACUGGGCCCUCUGCUGCCGCUUCCUGCCCGGCAGCCCUUCUGGGCCUCAGCCCUAGCCUCCCGCUGCCCCAACCCCAGCCCUGGGCUCCUUCCCCCCUGGCUUCCCUGCUGUCCCCACUCCCACCCAGGCUCUUUGCUCUGCUGUGUGGUCGCCCCACUGCUGCUUCUGAAUGGGCCACCUCCCCAGCCUGCACCAGCCCAAGCCCCCUGCUGAGACUCUCCCCUGAAAGUCAUGGCUGGGCUACUGCUCCCCACCUUGGGAGGGUGCUCUCUCUGUGUGCUUCCUGCCAUUCCUGGGCUCUGGAACUGGGAGAACUGAACUAAAGGAUGAUGGGAGCAAUCUGGAAUUUUGUUCACAGAGCUUUGAUGAACUUUGUAAACAUAAUGGCUCUGCUAACAGCCAAAACAUUCAGGUUACAGUUUAACAACAAGCGCCGCGUCACAAAGCCUUACUACCCGAGGAAGACCCUCUUGUGUUACCAGCUGACGCCGCAGAAUGGCUCCACGCCUACCAGAGGCUACUUUAAAAACAAGAAAAAGCGACAUGCAGAAAUUCGCUUUAUUAACAAGAUCAAGUCCAUGGGACUGGACGAAACGCAGUGCUACCAAGUCACCUGUUACCUCACGUGGAGCCCCUGCCCCUCCUGUGCCUGGGAGCUGGUUGACUUCAUCAAGGCUCACGACCAUCUGAACCUGUGCAUCUUCGCUUCCCGCCUGUACUGCCACUGGUGCAGGCACCAGCAGGAGGGGCUGCGGCUUCUGUGUGGAUCCCAGGUCCCGGUGGAGGUCAUGGGCUUCCCAGGUAGGAAAGAGGCUUUGCAGUUCCAAGAGUGCAAAUCCCCGGGGGCACAGGCUUGGCGAGGGCCGGGGGUGGGGUUGGAGGAGGUUGGCCGGGGGCGGGGGGCAACGGAGGCGGCGCGGGGGGCAACGGAGGCGGGGAUCUGUGGGAGGCCAGGAAGGAAGGAUUGUGGCUCAGUCAAGGCCCAAGAUCCGACACCACCCGGGAGGGAGAAUUCCCCGGACAGAGCCAUGUCCAGGGAGAGGAAGAGAAGAGAGGGGAAAGGAAGCAAGAGCUCCUGGCACUGCAGCUGCUGCCCCUGGGGCCUGGCUGGUUUCCCUCUUCCCUCUCAGAGUUUGCUGACUGCUGGGAAAACUUUGUGGACCACGAGGAACCGCUUUCCUUCAACCCCUCUGAGAUGUGAGAGGAGCUAGAUAAAAACAGUCGAGCCAUAAAGCGACGGCUUGAGAAGAUAAAGCAGUCCCGGAGUGUGGAUGUUUUAGAGAAUGGCUUAAGAAGUUUGCAGCUUGGACCCGUAUCCCCCUCAUUGUCAAGAGGCAACUCAAGAUGACUUUCCCUGGGGCAUGUCAGUUGCCUCAUAGCCUGCUGGUCCUGUGAGCAAGCACCAAGCUCCACAGUGCCGGUUCCUUGCCCCAAACCUGGCCCCAUCCAAGUACAGAAGACCUUUUUUUCCUCCUUUUUCCAUAAUGCUUUCUGUUCUAAGUGGGUGAAUAAUUUUAUAAUUGGAAAAAUAAAGAUAAUUUUAAAGUCUGUAAAUCCAGCCGGGUACGGUGGCUCACGCCUGUAAUCCUAGCACUUUGGGAGGCUGAGAUGCUCGGCCAAUAAAUUUCUGUUGUUUAUGAA